CGAAGAAGCGCCACCUUUCACUCUCUCUCUCUCUGAAACACACUCUUUCACCUUUUUUUGGGAUGCACGCACCAGAAAUACCUGCGAAUAAAAGCACGCACUGCUGGUUCACCACCUUAUAUAAACCCCUUCACCAACCUUUCUCACCACCCCACUCUCCAUUUUCUCUCUCUAACUCCCCUGUUUCCACCUUCUUUCAACCUUCUUUUCCUCUGAAAUGGCGGAUAUUCCCCACACCAAUGGCAAUGGCAUCCACACCAUGGCUCGUGAGUUCGGAGAAGAUCGGCGGAAGUGUUGCUGGUACGAGGAGGAAAUCGAACAAGACCUUCGCAUGUGCUACGCUCUCAAGAGCAUUUUGCAUACUGGAGCGAGCAAUUAUCAGGACAUUACUCUGCUCGAUACGAGGCCAUUUGGGAAGGCUCUGAUUAUUGACGGCAAGCUCCAGAGUGCUGAAAUAGAUGAAUUUAUAUACCAUGAAUGUCUUGUUCAUCCUGCAUUGCUUCACCACCCAAACCCAAAAAGUGUUUUCAUAAUGGGAGGUGGAGAAGGUUCGACUGCUAGAGAGAUACUGAAACACAAGUCUGUGGAGUUUGUUGUAAUGUGUGACAUAGACGAGGAAGUGGUUGAUUUCUGCAAAUCUCACCUUCUCGUGAACCAGGAGGCCUUUAUGGAUUCCAGGCUUCAGCUGAUCAUUAACGACGCCAAAGCUGAACUUGAGAAAAGGGAAGAACUCUUUGAUGUGAUCAUUGGAGACCUUGCUGAUCCAUUAGAAGGAGGCCCCUGUUAUCAACUUUACACCAAAUCCUUCUAUGAAUCCAUUGUCAAGCCAGGAUUGAAUGAAGGGGGCAUAUUUGUUACACAGGCUGGACCAGCUGGGGUUCUUACCCAUACUGAGGUUUUCUCUUGCAUCUACAACACUCUCAAACAAGUUUUCAAAUAUGUGGUGCCCUACUCUGCUCACAUUCCUUCCUAUGCUGACACUUGGGGAUGGAUUAUUGCAUCGGAUGAGCCAUUUACUGCAAAUGCAGAGGAGCUGGACAAGAGAAGCAAGCAGCGUAUCAAUGGAGAGAACCGCUACCUUGAUGGCAAAACUUUCUCUUCUGCCUCUAUGCUCAGCAAAAUCGUCAGAAAAUCGUUGGCUAAAGAAACACAGGUUUACACUGAGGAGAGCGCCAAGUUUAUUUAUGGGCAUGGUGCUGGACACAAUAAUCAUGCUUAAAGAUGGUGUUUUAGAGAGAGAAGUGUAUCUUUUUCUACUUUUUUUUUUACCGGUUUUUGUUGUGUCGGAUGAGAAGAAACUAGGGAACAUCCGUCCAUGGCCCUUAUAUUUAAUCUUGCAACAAUAAUAAAAUAUCUUAGUGAGAGAAAGAGAUACAAAAGUGUAGGAGCAUAAGGCUCCGUUCUGGUUUUUUUAAUGUUCAAGGAAAUGGAAGACUUAUGGUUUAUA